AUGUCGCUCACACAAGGCCAAGCCCGCGCGCUAUGGCUCGCCGGCGGCUUUGCCGUCCUCACUGGUCUUCCACCUGGCUCCGAAGUCGGUCUGGACGGCACACUACACGCCAUAGCAUCCUUUGCGGGGUACAAGUUCGUCCCGCCAGGCGUGCACGCGCUCGUCUGGAGCCGUGAGGGAGCUUCCCUGCCUCUCCGCACCGCGGUGAUCAAGCAAUGGGCACCGCGUGAGCGUGUCGCCCUCACACUCGAGGGGGAGGGCGUGGUGAUGCGGAGCGUGGACGAGGCCGAGUUGCGCGCGCUUGAUCCCCAGCUCGCCCCGUACCCGUUCGCCGACCUCGAGAGCUGGAAGAAGUUGUCUGCGCCGAUCAGCAAGACUGUCCUGGAAGCUGCACUCCCCGGUAUAAUUGACAGCCUCACCCCCGUCCAAGGAGAGGCGGACGAGAUGGACGAGGUGCUGCGGAAGCGGGCGGAGCAGAAGGAGGCAGGUGAAAGUGGGAACAAGGUCGCCCUGUUGGAUAAGAGCGUCGAUGUGCCUCGAAUCCGCCUCCCUGUCUUCGACUUGAAACGCUCGUGGCCACCCGGUGCAACAGGGGACGGGGUGACGCGCUGGUCGCGCGACAAGAGCGACCUGUGGGCGCGCACAUGCUCUACACAUGGCGGACCCGCCGAGUUGCUGGGGUACACGGCCCUCGCAUUCAUCCUCGUCACGCAAGUGUGGAACGCGCCGGCACUGGCUGCAUACCGCCGCCUCAUUGCCCUCCACUGCCGUGCACACGCGGCGCUCGCCGAGCCCGAGCUGUUUCCCGACGCCUUUCCCUCCCCGGAAAAGGAAAAAGGGCGCGAGACCGCGCUCGCGUUCGUCGACCUCCUCACCGCACAGAUUUCUAGCCUCCCAGACCAAGCUUUUGCUGUCGAAGUGCCCGACCUCGACGUGUUCUACCUGGACGAGAUUGAGGUGUUGCGACGCGGUCUCGGUGCUGCGCUGGCUGUGCGUGGAUGGUGGGGGUUGGCUGGGAAGGCACAGGCCAGUUGGACGCGCUUGCAGGCGGUUGGGAGGGUGCGGGGCUGGGAGAUUGGCCCGUUGCCGCAGGGAGAUGAGGAGGAGGACGAGGAGGAGGGCGAGGAUGCGCCAGUCGUCGUUGAAAUGUAA